AUUUGUGCACCAUAAAGGUUACGACGGACUACUACUUAUAGGUCAAUGGAGAAAAAGAACAGGCUGCCAUCUCUCGACAUAUAGGGAAAGCGCUGCCUACUAAUAUUCCGACUUUGAAAGUUCAGUUGAAGUAUAAUACAAGUGUGGCGUAACUACCCAUGUAGCUGGUUUGGUAGCACCACUUAAGUCAGAUCGAGGAAACUCGGGAAAGUAAACAGGAAACCCAGCCAAAAUGCCAGCGGUGCGUGGGGAUGGGAUGCGAGGCCUUGCGGUCUUCAUCUCGGAUAUAAGAAAUUGUAAAAGCAAGGAGGCCGAAGUGAAGCGCAUCAAUAAGGAACUGGCAAAUAUUCGUUCAAAGUUCAAAGGUGAUAAGACGUUGGAUGGUUACCAAAAAAAGAAAUAUGUUUGCAAACUCUUGUUCAUCUUUCUGCUUGGCCAUGAUAUUGAUUUUGGUCAUAUGGAGGCUGUGAAUCUCCUUUCUUCAAACAAAUAUACAGAAAAGCAAAUAGGCUACUUGUUCAUUUCUGUGUUAGUAAAUACAAACAGUGACCUCAUCAAACUUAUAGUGCAAAGUAUCAAGAAUGACCUGGGCUCACGUAAUCCUGUCCAUGUUAACCUUGCUCUUCAGUGCAUUGCCAACAUUGGCUCCAAGGAAAUGGCUGAUGCCUUUGGCAACGAUAUCCCCAAAUUGCUUGUAUCAGGUGAAACUAUAGAUGUAGUAAAGCAGUCAGCUGCCUUGUGUCUCCUUCGUCUGUUCCGAACCACACAAGAAAUUAUUCCUGGUGGUGAAUGGACAUCACGGAUUAUUCAUCUGUUGAAUGAUCAGCAUAUGGGUGUCGUGACAGCUGCAUGCUCACUCAUUGAGGCUCUAGUUAAAAAGAACCCAGAUGAAUACAAAGGCUGUGUAUCAUUAGCAGUCUCUCGUUUGUCUAGAAUAGUAACUGCUAGUUACACAGAUCUUCAAGACUACACUUACUACUUUGUUCCUGCUCCUUGGCUGUCGGUCAAACUCCUGCGUCUUCUUCAGCAUUACCCACCUCCAGAGGAUCCAGGUGUCAGAGGUCGUCUGAAUGAAUGUCUAGAUACAAUUUUGAAUAAGGCUCAGGAACCACCCAAAUCUAAAAAGGUUCAACACUCCAAUGCCAAAAAUGCUGUAUUGUUUGAAGCAAUUAGUAUAAUCAUCCAUUCUGACAGUGAACCUAACCUAUUAGUUCGUGGUUGUAAUCAGCUGGGUCAGUUCUUAUCCCAUAGAGAAACCAAUUUGAGGUAUUUAGCCCUGGAGACCAUGUGCCUCUUGGCUACCUCAGAAUUUUCUCAUGAAGCAGUCAAGAAACAUCAAGAAACUGUUAUCAAUGCCCUAAAGACUGAACGUGAUGUUAGUGUACGACAGAGAGCUGUUGAUUUGUUAUACGCCAUGUGUGACAGAAGUAAUGCUGAGGAAAUUGUGCAAGAAAUGCUCAACUAUUUAGAAACUGCAGAUUAUUCUAUUAGAGAAGAAAUGGUGCUAAAAGUGGCAAUUCUUGCGGAAAAGUACGCUCAAGAUUACACGUGGUACGUUGACGUUAUCCUCAAUCUAAUCCGUAUUGCUGGAGACUAUGUGUCAGAAGAAGUUUGGUAUCGUGUUAUUCAGAUUGUUGUCAACAGAGAAGAUGUACAAGGCUAUGCAGCAAAGACAGUUUUUGAGGCAUUGCAAGCCCCAGCUUGCCAUGAAAAUAUGGUAAAAGUUGGAGGCUACAUCCUUGGUGAAUUUGGCAAUUUAAUAGCAGGAGAUUCAAGAUCAGCACCAGCUGUACAAUUCCAGUUACUACAUUCUAAGUAUCAUUUGUGUUCACCUGGAACCAGAGCAUUACUCCUCACCACUUACAUUAAGUUCAUCAAUCUUUUCCCUGAAAUCAAAGGACAAAUACAAGAAGUCUUGAAGUCUAAUUCUAAUCUAAGGUCAUCCGAUGCAGAACUCCAACAACGAGCUUCAGAAUAUCUUCACCUCUCAAUUACCACUACCACAGAUGUCUUGGCAACAGUAUUAGAGGAGAUGCCACCGUUUACAGAAAAAGAAUCUUCCAUCUUAGCUGUCCUGAAGAAAAAGAGUGGUCGAAUGUCAGCACAAGAAGCACAGAAAGAAGCGCGAGUGCAAGCUAGAGAAAACAGUGCAGCUCCAGCAGUAGAAAAGGCUCAAUCGCAGUUUGAGAUGAAAUCAUCAAAUGGAGCCAUUUCACUUCCCCAGCUGAACAAUUCCACUUCUGCGGAUCUCUUGGGUCUCUCCACGCCUCCUGCUACUCAGAACAAUACUCAAAGUAAUACCGGUGUUUUGGUCGAUGUUUUGGGAGACUUGUAUGGGGGCAGCAGUAACACAAAUACUCACAACGGAACUUCUUCAUCAUCCCCCUCUGUAACUUCAUCUGGUGCAGUAGACAAUAUUAAAAAAUUCGUAUGUAAAAAUAAUGGAGUUCUGUAUGAGAAUGAUAUAAUUCAGAUAGGCAUCAAAUCAGAAUUCAGACAGAACCUUGGGAGGAUAGGUGUCUUCUAUGGCAACAAAACUUCCAUGCCCUUACAGGGUUUUGCACCGAGUGUUUCCAUGGGACCUGGACAACAAGGGAAAGUUUCGGUACAAGUUAAACCAGUUGAGCCUACUAUUGAUGCUGGAGCGCAAGUUCAGCAACUUGUUAACUGUGAAUGUGUUGAAGACUUUAGUGGGCUACCCGACUUGACCGUUGGUUUUACUUAUGGCAAUGUUCCUCAAAGAUUAAUUUUACGUCUGCCGCUCUCUUGUAACAAAUUCUUUGAACCAACGGAUAUGAACGGAGAAUCUUUCUUUGCAAGAUGGAAAAACUUGAGUCAGCCUCAGCAGGAAUCUCAAAAGAUCUUCAAAGCCACCAGCCCAAUGGAGAAUGCAGCUAUCAAGACAAAAUUAUUAGGCUUUGGUAUGCAGCUUCUUGAGAACAUCGAUCCAAAUCCAGAGAAUUUUGUUUGUGCAGCGAUCAUUCAUACCAGGACGCAGCAGAUAGGUUGCCUUCUACGUUUGGAACCAAACCGGCAGGCAGAGAUGUAUCGGUUAACUAUUCGUGCCAGCAAAGAAACUACCAGUUCCAUAUUGGCAGAAUUAUUAGCAGAGCAGUUCUAAAGAGAUACAGCAAGGAUUGGUUUUGUCGUCCAUGGCAGGCUGCAUUUUUAGCCAGAAUUGUGAAUGAAGGUUUAAUAAAAGCAUGCUGGAAGGCCGGUGUCAGAGAAAAGCCUCAAUUGUCCUAGUGAUGAUGAUGAUGAUGAUGGUGAUCCUAUGAUUUCCUCCCUUUAGAAGGUGACAUAAUAUGCCUUAGAUAUAAAUAAUUCUUGUGGAAUCAAUUCUGUUUAUUUUGAAUUUAUUUUAUUUUAUAGAUAUUUUUUAUAAAUUUAUUUAGUGAGAAAUAUGGUCCUACUGUUAACAUCCAUUCUGUCGGAUGGCUGGUAACAGAAGAGCCAAAAGCAGCUCUUUUAUUUUGUAAAAGAGUUGAGGUUCAUAUAGUAAACUAUUCACAGAGUAUAUGUAUAUAAAAUGAAUUUGAAUUGUAAAGUGACAGUUGGAGACACACAGUUAGGACAUUCAUGGACUCUUGUAUAAGGUUAUUUUAUUUGUUACCCUGGUAUGACAUUGUAAAUUGUUAGAAUGUAAUAUAUUAGAUUGAAAUAUUGUCAGAGAUUGUCAUUGAUAGUAUAUCAGUAGUCGUUAUCUUUUGUUACAUAACGUUACCUGUUUCCACAAAAAGAUAUGCUGAGAUUGUGUUUGGAAUGGUUCUUGAAGGUCAACUUGAUCGAUCAUAUUACAAAUUAUGCAAGUUUAGUAAGUAAAAAAAUAACAGGGAUGAUUCACGGUAUGUUUAUAUGACUGGUAGAUAGCCAUUGACAUUUGAGAUGGCAUUUAGUUUUGAGAAGUCAUUAGUUAGUUUUUUUUUUUUUUUUGUAUAAGGGACAACACCUAUACAGUAUUUGUUUCACUUGAAUGCUGUCUUCCACAGAAGUAGGAUGGUUUGUGCAAGUCUCUUGUUACAUUGUUCUUUCUUUUGUACUGUGUUAAAAUAUGCUUCCUGCUUUACUUGGGUAGUAUAGGAAGAACAGUCUAGUUAAUUUAUGAUUGGUAUUGUCCUCUUUUGUUCCUAUUGUUGUUUCUCCCAUCUUUUUUGAGAGAUUUAUUUUUAUUUAGCUGUGACGAAUGAAAAAUUAGUUGCUCUAUGUUUAAAAUAUUCAGCAUUUUCAACAAAGACAUUCACCAGGACUCGGUCCUGGAGGUACGCUUAAACAGGCACACCUUAAAUCAUCCCUCUUUUUAAAGUGAAUUAAACUUGAUUAGGGGCCUAAGUUCCCAACCAUAUGGUUAUCUGGCCAGAUUUGAAAGUAUGAAAUAACAGUGGAAAGAUCUCAUCUGGUCAUUGUCAACAUUCCUUCCACUCUGUCUUUUGGCCAUAUCACAGUAAGAAGAUAGCUUCCUUAUGCACAUAGGUUAUUAGUGGUGGUAGUAAUGUAGAUAAAAUUGUGUAAAGAUAUUACCAACACUGAUGGCUUGAGGAAGCAAGCAGAUUCAGGUAAAGUGUGUGACAAAUGACGUGUACUUUUGAAAGUCUGCUGUAGCAUCCCAUUGAUCAGUGUAUUGUAAAGAUAAACUUGUGCAUUGGUAGAUCAUUUUCAUUCCUCAUGUGAAAAUUCAUUGUGUAUUAUAGAAGUGUGUGUGGAGACUGCGAGAUCAUAAUAUCAUUUUGUUAUUAAUGUUGUCAUUACUAUUACUGUAAUAAUUUUUGUCGAGAUUACAUCUUUCAUUCAUCUGAAGUCAAAUCAGAGACUUCAGUGGUCCUUUUUUUCCAGUUCUGUUACUUUUUCAUCCUUACCAUAUCAUGCAUGAACCUUGUCAUAACUAAGAAGCAAUCUAUUCCCCCCCAUAUUUUUGUUGUUGUUAAUCCCAUUUUAAUUUAAUAUUCUCUUUAUGUUGAACCAAAUGGGUAGUGGUCAUGUUUACUGCUAUGUUCAGAUUUUCCUGUCUAUUCUCUCUCCCCUUCCAUGCUGGACAACAGACAGGUUAUUUAUGAAGCUUUGAUUUGCAGAGUUCAAGCUCAAUUUUUUCCCCUCCAAGAUCAGUAUCCUUGUAAGUACUCUUAGUAUUCAAGAAAUCUUGUGUUCUAAGGUCUUCUCUAUACUGAAUAUGGAAUUGCACACACAACCAUGAAAUAGUAUAUUGCCUCUGAUGCAUGGUGUAAAUCUGUAGGUUAUUGCAUCCUAUAGUGUAAAAUAUACAUAUAAUUCUAAGUUCAAUUAGGGAAAAGUUAUGCCUUUUCAUGUUUACGGAAAUGUUAAAACCAACCUUUUAGUUUCCACCAUUGUUAAAAGUAGAUAAAUGAAAAUAGAUGAAAAUGGUCAUUUGGAUGGAGGUUGUUUUACAUUUGAGAUUUUACCCAGUUUCACCCUUAAGCACUGACUUUCUUGCCUUGAAGAAUGGCUUAAGUGUCAUAAAUGUAUUUAAAGUAAUAUAUUCUAUAUUGAUGACUUGGUCUUAAAGGAUAUAAUCUGUCAAAAGUACAGGAUAAUUUGGUUUUGAUAUUUGUCAUUACUUAGACAUAAAUGAGUGACUUCUAGGCUGCCAUUAACAGCUUUUUCAAACUUUUUAAUAACAAUGCUAUUUUGAGCAUCAUUGUAGACAACCUUUGUAUGACAUGAUGUCACUGAAUAUUUUAUUUAUUUUGGGACUCUGAUGUACAAUUUCUGAUCUUGUAUUUGUUAUAAUUUGAAGCUGGACUUUAAGUUAGUAUGUCUGAGAGAUUAUAUUUUCCCCCAUGGAGGUUUUUAUAGUUCAUGUUGCCUUCUAAAAGUUUAUUCUUGUUGUGACUGUGGUGUCAAAGUGACCUCUUUGAGAUUCCCCAAAUUCUUGGUAGGACCGGCAUCGUACGAUCUUUUUGGAAUUGUUGUAAGAAGCCAAUUAAGUAUUUGAUCACCAGAUACUAUUUUCCAAAGUCCUAUCACUAGGGCUGGUGCUUGAGGGUGUGUUUCACUCCCCUCCCUUUUUAUAACACCAGGAUUCACAUGCAUUUAGCUGGUUUGCAUAUGCUCCUGAUCUUAGUUUCUUUUAAAAUAUUUUUUUUUUAUUUACGAUGUAAUUUUGAAAUUCAGUUAGCAUUAGAAUUUGGUUUCUUUCUUCCCUUUGAAAUAUUGAAUUUAAUUAAUAAAUAGCCUUCAUAGAUAAUUUGAUUUAUGUAAUGUAUAUAGACAGUACAGCAUAUAAUUUUGUAUUUUGAUAUGUUAGACAGAUUGGGGUUAAAGAUUUUGGGUUGUAUAUUGUGAUAAAUAGCUGAUAACCUUUAUUUUGAGUAGACAUUUUUUUUUUAGUUUUCACCACUGCUUAGUAAAGUAAUUUCUUCAGCAACUGUCUUCUCAUGGAAUGCCUUGAGUGUCAAAUGAGAUCGGCUUUAUUCACAUAAUAAUUUUGAUAUAUGCAUAGUUCCUUAAAUUCAUUUUUUUUUUUUUUUAACUUUUUCCCAUGGUAGUUGUAUGAUACAGAGGCAGCUAUCUGAGGCCACAUGCUUGUGUAAUCAAGGGUUUCAAUGUAUCUAGGGAGCUGCAAGUGAGCAGUUUUGUUUUUGAUUUUUAGGUUUGGAAUUUUCUUGUCUUUUCCUUGUCCUUGAUAUUUUUAACUGGACAUUGAGUUAACAGCACACAUUACUUUUAAGACUUAACAAAUAAAAUAAUUGAACCACAUCAGUAAUACUGUAUAAGCAUCAUCAGUUCUUGUGACAUUAGAUGCUGCGUGUCUAAUCUACUUUUAAAAAGUGAGAAAUGGGGUUUUGAAUGGGUUAUUUCUUUUAAGUAUUCUGUAGACAUUCCAGUCAGGCACGUAGCUAUUCAUUUUUGGCUUUACUCUAGUACUGGCUUCCUCAAUAUAACAAAGUGCUGUUAACCUGUUCUUACAUUGGAUGAGGUGUUGCUGUUUUCUCUGUUGUCUAAGGUGAUGCAUUAGCAUAUCUGAAUUUUGAACCAUUGAAUGUCUUCAGUAUAAUUUAAAGCUGUGUGAAAACACACCGAAGAAACCAAUUUAGUACACGAACAAAGCUCUUUCGAGUUGAAGAUACAGUAAUCUCAAGGAGGAUGUUAACUAGUUUUACAUUGGGUCUUUAAUUCUGGUCUUGUGUAGCAUAGGUGUGAAGUGUCCCUUAGUAAGGUAUGCAAGGGUAUUUAGUUGUAAGUGAUGGCUCAGGAGGGCGACAUAGUGUGUUCGUCUGCCUUCAAUGCAUCUGCCUGCACAAAUUUGCUGGCAACAAAUGUUCAUUGACAUUUAAGUCCACCUAUGUUUGACAUGAUCUGGAAGAGACAGAUUGUAAAUACAGUAAAGUACAGUAAAUCAUUGAAUCAAGUGGGUGUUGAAAUAUUAAAAGCAACACUGCAGAAUUCAUUUUAUGAAAUGUGCAGUGUGUCAUCCAAAGGAAGAAACAUUCGCUUGACUGGGAUUUCCUAUCUUUCAAAAUUAUGAUUGCCGGUAUUUUGACUUCAGAAUAGGUCACUGGAAAGCCUCAAGAAAACAAGAAAAUAUGAAAUAGAUCAGUGCUUUGUCUUCUGCAUUUCAUUAAAACUAGUAUUGAUAUGAAACUUAUCUACUGUUAGUGAGGUGUAAUAGUUAAAGGGAAAUUAUCAUCAAAGUAUGUUCUAGCAUUCGAGUUCUGGCUCAAUUGUAUUAGGAAAAAUGAAAAGACUGCACAAUUAGCAGGUGAUUGUUCAUUAUCUGGAAUUGAAUGCUUGGUAUGUCCUCAUUUUAUUGCCAUACAACAUUGUGUUUUCUGGAGAUUUUCCACUGAUGUCAGAAAUGUGUUACACACUGAAAUUAUUGUAAGAAAUGGUUAUUAAAAUAAAUGUGUAUAUUGAAA